GUUCAGCAGUUGAUUUCUGAGAAUUUACUGUUGGCUCUUAGAUUCUUCACACAACUACAACAGUCGAGUCCCUGCUCACUAGCAAUUUUUAUUUCUGUCUGACAUUAGGGUCUCCUGCCCUAAUAAAUUAAUCUCAGUCUCAGUUUAUGAAUAAGUUAGCUGUCCUGCGAUUGUACAGAAGAAUACUGACCACUGCCAGACAAUGGACAGCGGCGUCUGGCCUAGACAGUGACACUAAAGAGGAAAGAGCGUAUAUACGCAAUGAAGCGAGAAGUUUCUUCAGGAAAAAUUCAAAGAUAACAGACGACAAAGAAAUUGAAACUUGUAUAAAAGAAGCAGAGACCAGGCUUGAAAUGGCUCUUCAUUAUCAUAAUCCCUAUCCUAGACCGGUGAACCUCCCUUUUAUGGCUGUUCCUCAAGCUUUACAUCGCAAGGCCCAACUACGACGGCUGAGAGAGAGCAAACCGGUGUAUCUUCACUCACAAUUAUUACAAGAUAACUCCAAGACGUCAUAAUCGCAUCACACAUCAC